AUGGAGGAAGAGAAACCGAUCCAUCUUGAAGUGGCUUGCCCCGAAGCCGGUGACAAGUCCAAAGUCCCAAUGAAGUCAGAAGAAGAACCUAAUCGCAAUGAUGAAUUGGAUAAUUAUGUCAGAAAUAAAGCUGAAAGACACCUUGUGUGGAAACAAGACCUCUUCAUCCUCCCACUGCUGGCAAUAAGUACCUUCUUUGGAUAUCUAGACCGCGGUCAGAUCGGCAACGCUCGCGUGAUGGGGAUGCAGAAAGAACUUGGUCUUACUAACCAGCAGUGGUACAACUGUAUUGUCAUGUUCUUCAUAGGAUACGGGGCUAUUGAGCUCCCUGCAGGACUGCUCCUCCGCUACUGGAGUCCUAAGUACUUGUUCGCCGGUGGUCUAGUCACUUUCGGUCUCGGCGCAACAUGUAUCGCGGUGGCUAGGAGUUAUGCUGCUGUCAUGAGCCUUCGCGUCAUCAUUGGUCUAGGGGAAGUCUUCGUGACCAAUUCAUAUAUCUACCUCAGUCUAUGGUACAAACCUACGGAGUUGUCGAUGCGAGUGGCUCUCAUGUACUGCAUGACACCCAUCGCCGGCGCUUUCAGUGGUCUUAUUGCCUACGGCACUGCCAAGAACCUUGAAGGAGCCCACGGAAAAGCCUCAUGGCAAUGGUUGUUCAUUAUUGAAGGUGCAGCAACUUUGGGCUUCAGCUUGGUGGUUUCGAUGCUGCUUCCUGGAUUGCCAGAGGUCGUGGCUAAGAAAGGAAGUCUGCUUUUCCGUCAUCCGGAUGAACGCCAAAUCAUACACCGAAGACUGGCUGAAAGUCAAAACAUGCAGAAUGCACGAAUCCGUCCCCAUCAGAUCACUAUGGCCUUUCGCGAUCCAAAGCUUUAUCUCGGAGCGGCCAUUAUUGGAGCACAAGGAAUAGGAAUCGGCGCUUUCGCUAUUAUACUGCCCACUCUAAUCAAUGAAUUCGGCUUCUCGGCUCUAGAAACCCAACUCUACUCGAUGAUUCCAUAUGCGUUCGGGUUUUUCAGUAUGAUUACGGUCCCAUACAUAGCGGAUCGGAUGCACCGCAAAGGCAUUACGACAGCCUGCUGUCUGUGUAUCACCUGCCUCGGUUUUAUAUUACUUCUGUCUACUACGAACAAACCAGCCCUACUCGCAGGAACUUGCUUCGUGGUCACUGGCGCGUAUCCCGGUUUAGCUGUCAGUGCUGCCUGGUUUCUAACCUUCCACGGUGGCUACACCAAGCGCGCAACUGCCGUUUGGAUCAGCCAGGUCUUUGUACAGGCCUACAGCAUCAUUUCAACGCAGGUCUACCGGACCCCCCCGCGUUUUUUCUUAGGUCAUGCGGUAGCACUUGGGUUGUAUGGCCUUGCCAUUGCAUGCACACUGAUUCUCCUCAGCAUGCUCACGCGAGCAAACAAGGCUAAGGAUUUCAUCCAAAACGAAUACGAGAGAAGAGGCGAGACGAACCCUCAGAAUGAGAUUGAUUUUGAGGAAUUAGGCGACUUCCAUCCCUCCUAUAGAUAUGCUCUAUGA